AUGUCGAGCUCGUCGUUCAUAACCUAUUCUGAAAAUGAUUACCGCUAUUGUAAAUGUGGCCAUCAAGCAUUACUGAAGACUUCUUGGACUCAACAAAAUCCAGGCCGUCGAUUUUCUACUUGUAAACUUUCAAAGAAAUUGGGUGGCUGUGAUAAUUUUCAUUGGUAUGAAGAACGACACCCUUCACAAGCAAAUAGGGUGAUUUGGGGUUUGUUGAAAAAAGUGAAGCCGUUUGAAGAAAAUCAAAAUCGAGCAAGAAUAUUAUAUAUUAUUGGUGUUAUUUCCACUGCUUUGCUGUUGUUGGGAAUAUGGAUGUUGAAACCUAAUUGUUGA